CGCCUCGGUGAUGCACAGUCGCGUUUCCUCCUCAACAAGUUGCACAAGAAGAAGAAUAAGAAGAGGCACACAUAGAGGAGACUAGGGGAGCCCCGGCAGCUGCAGGGCUGCACUUUGGUUCUUCACCUUGGGACUUGAUCUCCUCGAAUCUGCUUACUCGAUCGGGUGCACUUUGUGAAUUUUACCAAGCACCAUGCUGCCGCUCCGCCGACAUGCGGCUGUCUGGCUGCUGCUGGUGGUGGUCGCGAGGGGCUUGAACGAAGCUACGGCUAAGGGAUGUGCUGGCUGUGGAAACUGUGACUGUAGCGGUGUGAAAGGAGACAAGGGUGAAAGAGGUUUACCUGGCUUGCAAGGUCCAAUGGGAUUUCCUGGAAUGCAAGGUCCAGAAGGACCCAUGGGGCCAAUGGGUUUUAAGGGUGAUUUUGGAGAGCCAGGUCCUGCAGGUCUGAAAGGUAUUAGGGGUCCUCCAGGAUUACCCGGAUUCCCAGGAACCCCAGGCCUUCCAGGUAUCCCCGGUCAAGAUGGUCCACCUGGUCCAUCAGGAAUUCCAGGAUGUAAUGGCACAAAGGGUGAGAGAGGUUAUGACGGAGCACCUGGAUUACCUGGACCCCAAGGCCCAAUGGGUAUCCCAGGAAUUCCUGGAAUAAAGGGUGAUCCAGGAGAAGUCAUUGGGCAAAUCCCAUUUAAAGGUGAAAAGGGCUUUCCAGGAGUGCCAGGAUUACCAGGUCGACCUGGUCUGCAAGGAAUCCAAGGACCUGUUGGUCCACCAGGACCUGAAGGAUAUCCAGGUCCUCCUGGUCCACCUGGCCCUCCAGGAGAAAAGGGCAACAGACCUUCCUUCCAGGGUGCAAAAGGUGACAGAGGAGAUCCAGGACCUCGUGGCCCUCCUGGCCCACCAUACCCUGAGGUGGCUGGUCCAACUACAGUCACAUUAUUUCCAGGACCAAAGGGUGAUAAAGGAGAUUUUGGUCCAAAAGGAGAAAAGGGUAAUCAAGGACUCCCAGGCUUUACCACUAAAGGCAACAAAGGUGAACCUGGUCCUCAAGGACCAAGAGGAAAACCAGGUAAAGAUGGAGAACCAGGAAUACCAGGAAUACCAGCACAAAAGGGUGAACCAGGAUUUCCUGGUUUUCCAGGAUCAAAUGGAGAAAAGGGUGAGAAAGGGGAAGUUGGACCAGCUGGACCUCCUGGAAGCGUAAUUACUGAAAGUGGUGAAGUAAGUGGUGAAAAAGGGGACAGUGGUCCCCCGGGAAGGCCAGGUAUACCAGGAUUGAAAGGAGAAAAAGGCACUCCUGGCCCUCAGGGACCUACAGGUCUCCCAGGUCGAGAUCUGGAAGGACCCGCUGGUCCUCCUGGAUUUCCUGGAGAAACAGGACAGAAAGGAGAAAAAGGCUACCCUGGAAUAAAUUUACAAGGGCCUAAAGGUCAAGAUGGACUUCCUGGUUUUCCAGGAGAACCCGGACCUCCAGGUCUUCCAGGUGAUACUAUUUGUGAAGUUGUAGGCCCUCCUGGCCAACCAGGAUAUCAAGGAGAAAGAGGACAGAAAGGUGACAAAGGAGAUACCUGCUUUGACUGUGCGGCCGAAGGGCCCCCUGGUCUUCCUGGACAACAAGGCCCUCCUGGUCCACAAGGAUAUCCAGGGUCACCAGGCAUUAAAGGAGAAAAAGGCUCUCCUGGAACUUUAGGCCUUCAAGGUCUUCCCGGUCCUCCAGGUAUUCGAGGUUUGAUUGGAUACCCAGGAGCAAAGGGUGAACCUGGAGAACUCUUCUUUAGUCCAGACCUUAAAGGCAGCAAAGGGGAUCAAGGUUUACCUGGUUUUCCUGGAACUACAGGUCAAACAGGAAGUCCUGGAAGAGAUGGUAUACCUGGAUUACCUGGAGAAAAAGGGGAACCAGCCACUAUUGGAUUCAAAGGAGAUCGAGGUUCCGAUGGAGAUCCAGGUUUAAAAGGAAUUAAAGGAGAGAGGGGUCCUCCUGGUCUUCCAGGACACACUUUGCCUGGCGUGCCAGGGGAAAAAGGAAAUCAAGGAGUACCUGGAAGACCUGGCUUACCUGGCACACCUGGACCCAAGGGUGAACGUGGUGAAACUGUUCCUAUGCCUGGACCUAGAGGACUUCCUGGAUCACCUGGAACCCCAGGAAUACAAGGCCUACCAGGUGACGUUGGCCCUCCGGGAUUCCCUGGCAAUCCAGGAUCUCCAGGACUUAAAGGUGACCAAGGUUUCCCAGGAAUAGGGUUUCCAGGUGAACCUGGCCCGAAAGGUCAUCAAGGCAUGCCAGGGUCUCCUGGACAGCCGGGUGUUCAAGGACAGCCUGGUCUGGAAGGUGUACCAGGAAGGCCAGGUCCACCUGGGCAAAAGGGUGAUCCUGGUGUUGGUCUUCCUGGACCCAGAGGAUUUCCAGGCUCCCCUGGAGCACAAGGAUUUCCUGGAGAUAAAGGAAGUGAAGGACUUCCUGGAAUUCCAGGGAAAGAUGGUUUAACUGGUCUCCCAGGGUUUCAGGGUAUUAAAGGUGAUCUUGGGUUUCCUGGACCCCAGGGUCCUCCUGGACCCCCUGGUCUUGCUGGGAUAGGUGAGCCUGGUCUACCUGGUCCUCAAGGUCCACCUGGCUUACCUGGCCCCAUUGGACAACAAGGCCCAAAAGGUAACACUGGCUUACCAGGCUUACCUGGUCUUGAAAUGCCAGGACCACCAGGUGAAAAAGGAGCACAAGGGAUCCCCGGACCUCCAGGAUAUCAGGGUCUUCCUGGAUUGCAAGGUACUCCAGGAAGAGAAGGUCAACCUGGAAGUUCAGGGCUCAAAGGAGACAUGGGAGAUAUGGGAAUGCCAGGUAAAAAUGGUGCCCCAGGAUUUACUGGUGAUCCAGGUGCCCCAGGACAAAGAGGGGAUCCAGGUCCUCCUGGUCUUAGGGGAGUUCCUGGUGAUUUUGGACCGAAAGGAGAACCAGGUGAGAAAGGCAUUCAAGGCCCUGCUGGCUACAUGAAUGCCACUCAGAUGAUGCAUUACAAAGGAGAAAAAGGAGAUCAUGGAGACUCAGGUGGUACAGGGCCUACAGGAGAAAAGGGAUAUCAAGGAAUAAUUGGUGACCCUGGAGUGCCAGGAAAAGAUGGACAACCUGGAGCCCCAGGCAAGCCAGGACCCAAAGGUGAUUCGGGGGCUCCUGGGUUACCAGGACAUCAAGGUGUUAAAGGAACUAAAGGAACGAUGGGUCCAAUGGGCAUUCCAGGUUCCGAUGGAUUAAAAGGUGACAAAGGUUUCCAAGGUACUCCAGGUAUUCCAGGAUUUCCUGGUACCACUGGCGAUAAAGGGGAAAGAGGAGAUCCAGGACCUGAAGGAAUUGGAUAUCCAGGAUCUAAAGGUGAAAAGGGUGAAAUAGGUCUUCCUGGUUUUCCUGGUGAAGUGGGCAUUAAAGGAGAAAAAGGAACCCCUGGUGUCCAUGGCAUGCCUGGAAAGGAGGGUCUGAAAGGAGACAUCGGUCUUCCCGGAUAUCCAGGUAGCCCAGGACCUCAAGGUGAAAAAGGAAUUACAGGAUUACCCGGACAACCAGGUCUGCCCGGCCAACCAGGAAGGCCAGGUGAACCAGGUCUUCAGGGCACUCCUGGCAUUCCUGGAGCUAAAGGCCAACCUGGUCAAGAUGGAAUCCCUGGACCAUCUGGAGAGAAGGGAGACCAAGGUUUAGCAGGACGAGGAUUUCCAGGAGCAUCAGGAGCAAAAGGAGAAAAAGGCCUCAAAGGAGAACCUGGCCUUCCUGGCAGACCUGGCAGCCCUGGAGUACCAGGUAUUAAAGGAGAUCAUGGAGUUCCAGGACUUAAAGGACAGCAAGGUUUCCCUGGCCAUCAAGGUCAACCAGGCAUACCAAUGCCAGGGCCAAAAGGUGAACGUGGGCAACCAGGAAGCCCCGGAGUUCAAGGUCUACCAGGGUUGCCAGGGUUGCCUGGACUGGCAGGAGAUGCUGGAAGUAAAGGGGAUAAGGGAAAUCCAGGCUAUCCUGGGCAACCAGGGCCUCAAGGAAUAAAGGGAGAUCGAGGUUCUCCUGGAAUUAUUGGCAAUCAAGGUCUGCCAGGUUUGAAUGGACAAAAGGGCGAACAAGGACUACAGGGUGUUCCAGGGUUCCCAGGGCCAAAAGGCUUUUCAGGACCAGUUGGAUACAAAGGGGAGACGGGAGAUCGUGGCUUUACUGGAUCUAAAGGUGCUGUUGGUCCCCCAGGGCCACCUGGACCAACUGUUAUUAUUAAAGGUGACAUUGGUCUGCCUGGUCCUCAGGGCCCACAAGGUCUACCAGGAUCGCAAGGUUAUCCAGGUCUUAAAGGAGCACAAGGUGUGCCUGGAGCCAGUGGUCGACCAGGAGAGGAUGGAAUCCCUGGAUUUGAUGGGCUACCUGGAGCUAAAGGAGAACCUGGACCAGUAGGCCCCAUAGGGCCAAGAGGAAAUCAAGGUCUACCAGGGCCUGAUGGACCCCCAGGCCCAGGAGGACCACCUGGACCUUCAUCUAUAGCACAUGGCUUCUUAGUUACAAGACACAGUCAGACAAUAGAAGUGCCAGAAUGUCCAUUUGGAACAGCUCGCAUAUAUGAUGGCUACUCUCUACUGUAUGUGCAAGGCAAUGAAAGAGCACAUGGUCAGGAUCUUGGUACUGCUGGAAGCUGCCUCCGCAAGUUUAGUCCAAUGCCAUUUUUGUUCUGCAACAUUAACAAUGUUUGCAACUUUGCAUCAAGAAAUGACUACUCAUAUUGGCUAUCAUCUCCGGAACCAAUGCCAAUGAAUAUGGCACCAAUAACUGGUGAAAACAUCAAGCCAUUUAUCAGCAGGUGCUCAGUCUGUGAAGCCCCAGCCAUGGUGAUUGCUGUGCACAGUCAGACUAUCCAAAUUCCUCCAUGUCCAUCUGGCUGGGAUUCCUUGUGGAUUGGAUACUCCUUUGUUAUGCACACUAGUGCCGGUUCGGAGGGUUCGGGACAAGCUUUAGCCUCUCCUGGCUCCUGUCUGGAAGAGUUCCGCAGUGCUCCCUUUAUUGAAUGCCAUGGCCGUGGGACAUGCAACUUCUAUGCAAAUUCUUACAGCUUCUGGCUUGCAACUAUUGACAACGGUGACAUGUUCAGGAAGCCCAACCCAGCAACACUGAAAGCCGGAGACUUAAGAACUCACGUAAGCCGAUGCCAUGUAUGCAUGAAGAGAAUGAAGGGAACAUAACAUUGCUUCUGGGCCUCUCCAGCUUUUAAGCAGACUCUUUCUCAACUGUGGUGCUAUUGUGUAAGAGUUCCCAGAGUACCUCACCGUAACAUGAGAGAUGUGCGGACACACUGCCGAAUGAGAGCAGUGCACGCUGCCUUCUUGAGAUGUGUGGAAACUUCAUUCGUAUUUUUUUUCAGUAUCCUGAAUGGCACUUUGUUUACUUACUGCACUGAUUAUACUCUUAAGCAAAUGUGUCUGAACUACAUAAAGGUGCCGCCAAGUAUGCUG